AUGAUUUAUUUUGGUCCAAAACCUGAUGAAGGUAUUCUCUAUAUUUUAAAAGAUUUUCAAAAUCAACUUCCAUCACUAUUGGCUGACUUCGGUGUGAUAUUUAAAUCAGCACCAACAGUUUUUGCAAAACCUUCUCGAAAUGAAGAUAUUGAAGUUGCAAUGAAACAAACUUCUAAUGAAAAUUGGCAAAUAGCUAUUGUUAUUCUUAAUAAUGUUCUACAUGAAGUGUAUGAAUCUAUUAAACAAUGGAGUAAUCAAAAACUUGGUGUACCCACUCAAUGUGUCGCAGUUUUCAAUCACUUCAACGAAAUGUUGGCAAAUAUCGCAUGUGUAAGUCAAAAAAUAAAUACAAAAAUCGGUGGUAUCAAUGGGAUUGUUAAUUUAAAAGCAGCACUUAGUCAUUCAUCAAAUGAAGAUUUAUUUAUGUUUGUUGGUGCAGAUAUCACUCAUACAACUUGUUCGACUGAUCAACCACCAAUAGCAGCUGUUGUUGGUUCAUGUGAUCCAACUUGUAGUCGUUAUGCAGCACGUCUUUCUGAACAAUAUCCAAAAAUAGCCCGUUGUGCGGUAGAAAUUAUCAAAGAACUAGAUAAAAUGAUUAUUGAUUUAUUACAAGUUUAUGAGCGUACAUGUGGAAAUUGUUUACCUAAUCGACUUGUUUUUUAUCGUGAUGGUGUUGAUGAUGAACUAUUUCAAAAAGUACUUGAUAAUAAAAUCAAUAAAAUAAAAGAUGCUUGCCAAGUUGUGUAUGGAAAUCGAAAAUUACCUAGAUUAACAUUUGUUAUUAUUAAGAAAAGUCAUCAUACACGUUUCUUUGCUUAUGAUGGUCAAUAUACAAAAAAUAUCGAAGCAGGUACAGUUAUUGAUCAAGAUAUAAUACAUCCAACACAAUUUGACUUUUAUUUAUGUUCACAAGCGGCUAUAAUGGGUACAUCUCGUUCAGCUCUUUAUCAUGUUCUUCAUGAUGAAAAUGAGUUUAGUAGUGAUGAUAUUCAACAGCUUACAUAUUGGCUAUGUCAUACAGAUGCUCGUUGUACAAAAUCAGUCUCAGUUUCAGCUCCAGUUCAUUAUGCAGAUUUAGCAGCAUAUGCGGCUCGUAUGUUUAAAUUUGAUGAUGACCUUGAUCACAAUGAAGAAACAUUAGCGAAAGAAUUUUUUAUUUCUUAUAUUUUGAUAAUUUUUUUUAGUGAUGAUGUACUUGAUGAAACAGAAAAUAUUUCAUUAAAUGAUAUUGAAACUAAAGUUAUGAUAUUCAAUGAUAAAAUUCAAAAUAAUAUGUGGUUUGUUUGA